UGUGUGUGUGUGUGUGUGUGUGUGUGUGUGUGUGUGUGUGUGUGUGUGUGUGUAAUCCUGCUGUCAUGUGACUCCUCCUCAUAAUCACUCAUAACCACCGGCGGAGGAGGAGAUAAAAGAGAAGAAGAAGAAGGCGAGGUUCACCUGAAGAGACUUCACAAGGCCCCGGGCCCCGCCAGCCAGUCUUGCCCGCAGAGGAGCCGCUGGCACAGAUGCAGCCCUCGGUGUCCCCCGGCAUCCAGAGGAGACACACACUUCCUGCCAGCGAGGUGCGGCCCCUCAACACCCAGGAUGCCAUCAGCGUCUUUGAGAUCGAGCGAGAAGCCUUCAUCUCGGUGUCGGGCGAGUGUCCCCUCCACCUGGACGAGGUGCGUCACUUCCUCACGCUGUGUCCGGAACUCUCCAUGGGCUGGUUCGAGGAGGGCCGGCUGGUGGCUUUCAUCAUCGGCUCGCUGUGGGACCGCGAGCGCCUCGCUGCCGAGGCCCUGACCCUCCACAAGCCCCGGGGCUCCACCGUGCACAUCCACGUGCUGGCGGUGCACCGCACCUUCCGGCAGCAGGGCAAGGGUCCCAUCCUGAUGUGGCGCUACCUGCAGUACCUGCGCUGCCUGCCCAGCGUGCGGCGCGCCGUGCUCAUGUGCGAGGACUCCCUGGUGCCCUUCUACCGCAAGUCGGGCUUCAAGGCGCUGGGCCGCUGCGCCAUCACCGUGGGCAGCCUGAGCUUCACGGAGAUGUGCUACCCCGUCAGCGGCCACGCCUACAUGAGGCGCAACAGCGAGGCCAUCCGCUUCCCCGCCGCGCCGCUCACCGUGCCGACGCCCGACGCCCAAGACCCCGUGGACGUAUGAUCCGGGAAGUACUCCCCGUGUUCUUAUAGUCUUCUUCCGAAAUCUAACACCUUCCUUUUUUGUCCUCAAAAUUCUAAACACAAUACCCUACGGCAAUGUCAAAAAUGUAAGAAAAUGUUAAAGGCGUGGCCACUUCAUUAGGUACCUUUGCCCAGUCAUAGUCGAAUUAUGCAAAAAUGCAAAUGUGACGAGAAAUGUUGGAUUGUUGCCGAUAUUUAGUUUAUUAUUCAUGUGACGGAAAAUUUUAUGUCAGAAUUAGUCAAAGUCCACAAUUUAAACAGUUUGUCCAAGUGGUACCGUUUUUUGUUUUUGUUUUUUUUAACAGUAACACACUGUAAAAGCAACAAUUUUAUGGUAAACAUUUUUAAAAAACUGCAGCUCAGUCGCCAGAAUUUUAUCAUGAAAAUAGAAAUGGUACUAUUUUUGAUUUACAGUAAUGCACUGUAAAAAAAAAUAAAAGGAGAUUUUACGGUAAAAAUCUGGCCGCUCAGUCGCCAGAAUUUUAUCAUAAGACUAAAAGUGGUACUAUUUUUGAAUUUAUGGUAAUACACUGUAAAAAACAAGAAGAAAAAAAGGAAGUAGAUUUUACGGUAAAAACCUGGCAGCUCAGUCGCCCGAAUUUUACGAGAAGAAUAAAAGUGGUACUACUUUUAAAUUUACAGUAAUGCACAGUAAAAAUAAAAAAAAUGAGAUUUCACGGUAAAAACCUGGUAGAAAUAUAAAUUGUACUAUUUUUGAUUAACUAUAAUAUACUGUAAAAAAAAAAAAAAAAAAGGAUUUUACUGUAAAAACCUGGCAGCUCAGUCUCCAGAAUUUUAUCAUUAAUAUAAAAAUGUUUUUGAAUUUACAGUAAUGCACUGUAAAAAAAAAAAAAAGGGAAAAAAAAGUAGAUUUUAUGGUAAAAACCUAGCAGCUCAGUCGCCAAAAUUUUAUCAUAAAAAUAAAAAUUUCACAAUUUUUGAUUUACAGUAAUGCACUGUGAAAAAAAAGUAGAUUUUACGGUAAAAACUUGGCAGCUCAGUUGCCAGAAUUUUAUCAGAAGAAUAAAAGUAUUUUUAAAUUUACAGUAAUACACUACAAACAACAUUGUAGAUUUUAUGGUAAAAAAAACAACUAAAAAACUGGCAGCUCAGUCGCCCAAAUUUUACCAGAAAAAUAAAAGUGGUGCGGCUUUUUUAAUUUACCGUAAUGCUCUGUAAAAAAAAAAAGUAAAAAAAUAGAUGGAUUUUUAUGAUAAAAACCUGGCAGCUCAGUUGCCAUAAUUUUACCAUAAGACUAAAAGUGGUACUAUUUUAAAAUUUACAGUAAUGCACUGUAAAUAAAAAAGUAGAUUUUUUGGGAAAAAAAUAAACAAAACUGGACGCUCCGUUGGUAGAAUAUCACUGUAAAUGUAACAGUGGUACAAUUUUUUCAAUUUACAGUAAUGCACUGUAAAAAUAAAUGUUUUUAUUUUAUGGUAAAUAAAAAAAAAUGGCAGCUCAGUCGCUGGAAUUUUAUCAUCAAAGGAAAAUCUGUGCUAUUCCGCGAGUGAAUGCUGUUCGAGUCAAAGUGAAAUGCUAACGUUAGCAUGCCACAAGUACCGAGUGCUAUAUCUGUGAUAUGUUGGCAGGCAAAAUUAGCUGGAAAAGAAGCUAGCAUGCUAACGUUAACAAGCUAACAGUUAGUUUGUGUCACAUACCAAGUUUAAUGGCUGCCAAAAUGGCUUCAAAAAUGAGCAUGCUAACAGUUAGUACGUGUCAUGUAGCGAAUGAUAUGACUAUAAACGGUUGCAAAAUUAGCAACUAAAAAGUUAAAAUGCUAAAGUCAGCAUGCUAAAAAAUUACUGUAAAUGUAACAGUGGUACUAUUUUUUCAAUUUACAGUAAUGCACUGUAAAAGAAAUGUUUUUAUUUUAUGGUAAAUUAAAAAAAAUGGCAGCUCAGUCGCUGGAAUUUUAUCAUCAAAGGAAAAUCUGUGCUAUUCCGCAAGUGAAUGCUGACCGAGUCAAAGUGAAAUGCUAACGUUAGCAUGCCGACACUUGAAAUGCCACAAGUACCGAGUGCUAUAUCCGUGAUGUGUUGGCAGGCAAAAUUAGCUGGAAAAGAAGCUAGCAUGCUAACGUUAACAAGCUAACAGUUAGUUUGUGUCACAUACCAAGUUUAAUGGCUGCCAAAAUGGCUUCAAAAAUGAGCAUGCUAACAGUUAGCACGUGUCAUGUAGCGAAUUAUAUGACUAUAAACGGUUGCAAAAUUAGCAACUAAAAAGUUAAAAUGCUAAAGUCAGCAUGCUAAAAAAUUACUGUAAAUGUAACAGUGGUACUAUUUUUUCAAUUUACAGUAAUGCACUGUAAAAGUAAAUGUUUUUAUUUUAUGGUAAAUUAAAAAAAAUGGCAGCUCAGUCGCUGGAAUUUUAUCAUCAAAGGAAAAUCUGUGCUAUUCCGCGAGUGAAUGCAGUUCGAGUCAAAGUGAAAUGCUAACGUUAGCAUGCCGACACUUGAAAUGCCACAUGUACCGAGUGCUAUAUCUGUGAUGUGUUGGCAGGCAAAAUUAGCUGGAAAAGAAGCUAGCAGGCUAACGUUAACAAGCUAACAGUUAGUUUGUGUCACAUACCAAGUUUAAUGGCUGCCAAAAUGGCUUCAAAAAUGAGCAUGCUAACAGUUAGCACGUGUCAUGUAGCGAAUGAUAUGACUAUAAACGGUUGCAAAAUUAGCAACUAAAAAGUUAAAAUGCUAAAGUCAGCAUGCUAAAAAAAUACUGUAAAUGUAACAGUGGUACUAUUUUUUCAAUUUACAGUAAUGCACUGUAAAAGUAAAUGUUUUUAUUUUAUGGUAAAUUAAAAAAAAUGGCAGCUCAGUCGCUGGAAUUUUAUCAUCAAAGGAAAAUCUGUGCUAUUCCGCGAGUGAAUGCAGUUCGAGUCAAAGUGAAAUGCUAACGUUAGCAUGCCGACACUUGAAAUGCCACAUGUACCGAGUGCUAUAUCUGUGAUGUGUUGGCAGGCAAAAUUAGCUGGAAAAGAAGCUAGCAGGCUAACGUUAACAAGCUAACAGUUAGUUUGUGUCACAUACCAAGUUUAAUGGCUGCCAAAAUGGCUUCAAAAAUGAGCAUGCUAACAGUUAGCACGUGUCAUGUAGCGAAUGAUAUGACUAUAAACGGUUGCAAAAUUAGCAACUAAAAAGUUAAAAUGCUAAAGUCAGCAUGCUAAAAAAUUACUGUAAAUGUAACAGUGGUACUAUUUUUUCAAUUUACAGUAAUGCACUGUAAAAGUAAAUGUUUUUAUUUUAUGGUAAAUUAAAAAAAAUGGCAGCUCAGUCGCUGGAAUUUUAUCAUCAAAGGAAAAUCUGUGCUAUUCCGCGCGUGAAUGCAGUUCGAGUCAAAGUGAAAUGCUAACGUUAGCAUGCCGACACUUGAAAUGCCACAAGUACCGAGUGCUAUAUCCGUGAUGUGUUGGCAGGCAAAAUUAGCUGGAAAAGAAGCUAGCAUGCUAACGUUAACAAGCUAACAGUUAGUUUGUGUCACAUACCAAGUUUAAUGGCUGCCAAAAUGGCUUCAAAAAUGAGCAUGCUAACAGUUAGCACGUGUCAUGUAGCGAAUGAUAUGACUAUAAACGGUUGCAAAAUUAGCAACUAAAAAGUUAAAAUGCUAAAGUCAGCAUGCUAAAAAAUUACUGUAAAUGUAACAGUGGUACUAUUUUUUCAAUUUACAGUAAUGCACUGUAAAAGAAAUGUUUUUAUUUUAUGGUAAAUUAAAAAAAAUGGCAGCUCAGUCGCUGGAAUUUUAUCAUCAAAGGAAAAUCUGUGCUAUUCCGCGAGUGAAUGCAGUUCGAGUCAAAGUGAAAUGCUAACGUUAGCAUGCCGACACUUGAAAUGCCACAAGUACCGAGUGCUAUAUCUGUGAUAUGUUGGCAGGCAAAAUUAGCUGGAAAAGAAGCUAGCAUGCUAACGUUAACAAGCUAACAGUUAGUUUGUGUCACAUACCAAGUUUAAUGGCUGCCAAAAUGGCUUCAAAAAUGAGCAUGCUAACAGUUAGCACGUGUCAUGUAGCGAAUGAUAUGACUAUAAACGGUUGCAAAAUUAGCAACUAAAAAGUUAAAAUGCUAAAGUCAGCAUGCUAAAAAAAUACUGUAAAUGUAACAGUGGUACUAUUUUUUCAAUUUACAGUAAUGCACUGUAAAAGAAAUGUUUUUAUUUUAUGGUAAAUUUAAAAAAAUGGCAGCUCAGUCGCUGGAAUUUUAUCAUCAAAGGAAAAUCUGUGCUAUUCCGCGAGUGAAUGCAGUUCGAGUCAAAGUGAAAUGCUAACGUUAGCAUGCCGACACUUGAAAUGCCACAAGUACCGAGUGCUAUAUCUGUGAUGUGUUGGCAGGCAAAAUUAGCUGGAAAAGAAGCUAGCAGGCUAACGUUAACAAGCUAACAGUUAGUUUUUUUCACAUACCAAGUUUAAUGGCUGCCAAAAUGGCUUCAAAAAUGAGCAUGCUAACAGUUAGCACGUGUCAUGUAGCAAAUGAUAUGACUAUAAACGGUUGCAAAAUUAGCAACUAAAAAGCUAACAUGCUAAAGUCAGCAUGCUAAAACAUUAAUGUAAAUGUAACAGUGGUACCAUUUCUUUUUCAUUUACAGUAAUGCACUGUAGAAAUAAUCAAAUAAAUAAAUAUCUUUUAAUGUAAAAAUUGAGAUUUUACAUUAAAAAAUAAAUUAAAAAACGUUACCAGGAAUUUACCUUAAAAAUAACACUGCUAUCGUCUUUUUGAUUACUUUAACGUACCGAAAACGGCAUAAUUUUCCCGUUAAUAAUGGUAUGGAUUUGCUAUUUACAGUAACACACUGUGAAAAAUAAUUAUUACCAUGAAAGAAACUGGCAGAAUUUCACCAUAAAAAAUAACAAAUAUAAAUGUAUUUAAUGGUGAUUAUGUCCAAUUAAACUACAGUAAUCUUGUGAAUAAUGAAGGUUGACAACACUCGUUUUUAAACAUGUAAAAUAUCCAAAUGGCUUCCUCUGAACUCCUACUGUAAAUAUAUAAUAAAUAUAUAAAUAUAAACUGUACAUAAUCGAUAGAUAUUGAUCACUAGAAUGUCUUAUGUGAGUCGAAGUGAACGUGUACCUAAUGUUCUGUCCAUUGUGCUGUUAAUGAUACAGUAUUGUAUUAAAUAUUGUACUAUAUAUAUAUAUGUAUAUAUAUAUAUAUAUAAAUAUAGUAUUAAAUAAUAAAUAUAUAAAUAGAUAUACAGAAGCCAAAACUAGUGAAGUUGUGUAAAAGGUAAAUAAAAAGAGAAUACAACAAAUCCUUUUCAACUUAUAUUCAAUUGAAUAGACUGCAAAUACAAGAUAUUUCAUCUUCACACUGACAAACUUUGUUAUUUUUUGCAAAUAAUCAUAAAGUUAGAAUUUAAUGGCAGCUACACUUUGCAACAAAGCUGGCACAAGUGGCAAAAAAGAGGGAGAAAGUUGAGCUCGGGCCCAGCGAAGCGUUUCCGGGUGUUGUUGAUAAAUGGCUGUGGU